AUGCUGGAUAAGUUAGAAGAUGAUCAAUAUGCAUAUCGACGGAAGAUAAAUCCUUACUACCCUUUCCCUGAUGAAGGCGAGUGGGAAUUAGGGAGGUUUUUGGUGGAAAACCUUACUCAAACCCAAAUAAUGAAGUUCUUGAAGUUAAGAUGGUUCGACACUAUGGAUCGCACAAAACCAUCUUUCACCACAAAAGAUAACCUCCUGGACUGGAUGGACUCACUGCCUUCUUUUACCCCGUGGAAAGUCUCCAAAUUAGAAUUUAAAGGCUAUAAGACUGUCUGUCCUGUGGAGCUCGUUUGGCGCGAUGCGCUGGAGGUUGUCAAGCAACUAUUUAGUGACCCAACUUUCGCGAACAACAUGACCUUUCACCCUCACGUCGCUAACGUCAACAAUCAGCGUGAAUACGGAGACUACAUGAGUGCCGAUAUGGCAUGGAAGAUUCAGGACCAUCUCCCAUUGGGUGCGACUCAAGUCCCGAUAAUCUUGGGAUCCGAUAAAACUCCCGUAACACAACUUGCCGGAGGAAUUGAGAUGCACCCGGUUUUUGUUACCAUUGGUAACAUUGAUUCUGAGGUUCGUUCCAAAGCAACUUUACAAGCUUGGCGCUGCAUAGCCUACAUUCCCGUCGUCAAGUUCCGCGUUCAUCCAGACUACCAGUCUAUUCUCCAAGCCAGACUAUGGCAUAAAUGUAUGGACCUUGUUUGUGCUAACCUCAAGGCCGCAGCGAAGGAUGGUUGCUUUAUGCCCGAUCCUUCCCGCAACAUUCGUCAUGUGUUUACACCGCUCGUCGGUCAUGUGUGUGACCUACCGGAGGCUACUAUGAUUGCAGCAGUCAGCAAAAACGCAUCCCCGCUAACUAUGGCAAUACAAGCGGAUUUUGGCGAUGGAAUUCUCCACCCCCCUCGUACCGGGAAGCACACAUUGCAACUUAUUGUGGAGAUAUCCCAAAAGGUCGAUCCCUGGGAUCUCGACAAGUUCCAGAAAGCAGCCAAAGCCGUUAAUCUGUCUGGUGUUCAUAUGCCAUACUGGUGCGAUUGGAUGUUUGCAUGUCCAUCCGUUUUUCUUGCCGGCGAAGUGCUGCACACCUGCCAUAAGUUUUUUGCCGAUCAUCCACUGAAAUGGAUCAAGGAAGCUAUGGGAGAUUACGAGCUCGACACUCGCUUCAUGGUCCAGCACAAGCGAGUCGGAACACGCCACUUUACAAAAGGUAUCACACACGUCAAUCAAAUGACAGGCCGCGAGCAUAGAGACAUCCAACACACUAUCGUUGUGUCGAUCGCAGGGGCUGUUCCACCCAGAUUCAUUCGUGCAAUCUGUGCCCUCGUGGACUUUUUUUACCUUGCACAGAAUCCAGUUCACUCGCCUCAAUCACUUGAGCUAAUGGUUCAGGCGCUUUCAGAUUUCCACUCUUUCAAGGACGCUAUCAUCCAGGCCGAGGCAAGGAGGGGGAAGAAUGGUAGCAAAGAAGAUUUUUUCAUCCCCAAACUCGAGCUUCUGCAGAGCUUCGAUGGUACGAUUAAGAAAUUGGGCACUUUGAUGCAGUUCUCCGCUGAUGUGACAGAGUGGUUGCUCAUCACACACUGUAAGGACAUUUUCCCGUGGACAUCCCGGCAAAUCAAAGAUUUUACGGAGCAGUGCGUGCGGAUUCUUAACCGCCAAGAGUCUAUGGAAAUGUUCGGCCUAUACACGCUGUUGACUUCUCACGGGGCGUCACUGGCUAAUGCAAUACACGAUGAAGAUGAGGAUGUUACAACUACCAAUCCUGCACUCUCCUGGUCAAUCCAUGGUCCCCGACCAGUCCGUAAUCACUUUCUCAAAGGUAUUCUCUCUGGAGAUGCACUCACCGCUUUUCAACUCAAUGUCACGCCUGAUUACAAAUUGCUGUCACCAUCUGACAUACGCACAAAAUAUGCACUCUUCGACUUCAAUCUUGCGCUCACCGACUUUAUCUGUUGUUCCUCCCUUUCCGGCGGUGAACAUUCCCGUUGGGACCCCAGAUACGGGCGCUUCCAGGCAUGGCACAAGUUUCAAUUGCAGCUUCACUCAGCCUUCCAGCCCCGAGUGAUCAUGCCAAGUCGAGUGGUGCAAGCAUACCCACCAAGCGAUGAUUUUCCCUUGGGAAAUUGCGAUACUGUUCUCAUUGACGCCAUGGGCAUUGAUGGCAAAAUGACGAGUUACAUCGGACAGUUCGACGAGGUUCCAACUUGGAACUGCCAUCCUAUCUCUCCGACCCACUCCUCUACGUCCAAUUUUUUCCGCUUCACUUCCAGCCCUGAUGAUCAUCCUGAACUCGCUAUGUGGAGUGUGGAGCGCAUGUACACACAGGAUGAAAAUGUUGAAUUGAUCCCAGUUUAUGGCGAGGCAGUGGCCAAAGGCGUGUCCUCUGCGACUUGCUUGGAAAGCUAUGAGCGUUUCUUUCUGAAUAACUUCGCAGACAAGGAGAGUUACCAUACAUUCAGUACUGAGUUUGUAUAG